AUGACUACGUUGGACGCAGCAGCAGAAGGCCAGUUCCAAGGAAGAGAAUCGGCUACGCAUCGAUUUCAUGGACCGGGGACCUUCGACCCUACAAAGGAAGACUGGGAGCUAUAUAAGAUAAGGUUUCAAGCUUCAUUGGAUGUAGCCGGAAUUGCGACGGAUACCGACAAGAGGGACUUGUUCAUAACGUCGCUAGGACCUGACACUUUCAAGCUACUGUACUCGUUGGUUCAGCCGAGGGACGUCACGGAAGUCUCGUUUGUGGACCUCAUCAAAAAACUAGAUGAAUUCUACGCGCCGAAACGCUUUAAAGAGUUCGCAAGAGCAAGGCUUUUCUCAGCAAAGCAGGCGGAAACGCAAUCGGUGGCACAAUUUUUGACGAGGUUACGUGCAAUUAUCUCGAACUGUGAGUACGAGUCUGAGACAGACAUUCGAGCUUCGUCGUUGUUGACGGCAUUUAUCGUCGGUCUACGGGACCAGAGACUCAGGGCAAGGUUAGUUCUUGAGAAGGGUCUUACCAUAGAUGCUGCCCUGAAGCUGUCGGAAAGCAUACUUUCUGCUGAACAGGAGUCGCGACUGCUUGAAGAAGGAACCGCAUCGAGCAGUUCAUCCUUUGCUACAGUGCAAGAUAAAAGCGAGGACUCUAAACCAGUUAGGUGUUUUCGAUGUGGUAACCUCAAUCACGCUGAAAGCGCGUGUCGAUUUCGACAGGAAGAGUGUCGUUUGUGCAAGAAGAAAGGUCAUAUUGCUAAAAUGUGCAAGAACAACCCCAGGAUGAAAAAAGGGAAAAUCAAAGCUGUCACGGAUAUAUUUCUCGCGGAAGAGAGAGACGGCAAGUUUGUGCUUUGCACGAUUUUAGGACAGGACGUUCAACUGCAAGUUGAUACCGGAUCUAGACAUACACUUCUAAAUCACCAGUCAUGGAUAAAGCUUGGGAAGACGAAGCUUAGUCCACCUUCGUAUAGCUUGCAAGGUUUCAACAAAAAUCCAAUUGCUCUCAAGGGUCAAGGGCAGGUAGAAGUUGCAUACCAAGGUCGAACCCAUCACCUGGAGAUUGUGGUUACUGAGUCUCUCCACAGAAAUCUUCUUGGCAGAGAAUGGAUUGAGAAGUUGGGAGUUGAUCUUAACAAGCUGUUUGUGGGAGCUCUGGAUAACGUACCCUCUUCUCUGACAAAUACCUUAGAGACUCAUAGGGAAUUGUUCAAGAAAGGUCUCGGCAGAUGCCAAAAGGUCAAAGUGCACGUUCAAAGAUGGCGCGUCCCCGAAGUUUUUCAAACCAAGGCCCAUUCCAUUCGCAUUACGUUCCUUGGUUGA